GUUUGGUGGUACCAUUUCUGGAACUCCUUCAGCUCUGGAGUUUUAAGCAAUCUGAUAAGAGCCGUACUAGUUAAAGGAGAAUCAACUAUCACCAAUGACGCCAUGUCUGAUCUGGCAUGUCUGAUGUCUGGUGGUCCGAAUGCUGUCAGUGGAGAUGUUCCUGCGAGCUUGGAUAGGCUAGCAGCCGCCAUUCGAUCAUCUGCACAUGCAAGGCGCUUUUUGGAUCUAAACAGCACCGAUGCCGUGAAGUUGCUCGACUCAGAGCAAAGUGGCGAGAUAAAGAGCGUCUACGACGAUUUCCUCAAUAAGCACGGCCAUAGAUGUGUUGGAGAACUGGAACUACGCGAGAAGCCAUGGAGAUCGAACCCCGAACAACUGAUGAGCACACUGCAGGCAAUGGUUCGUCAAGAUGCAUCUGCACAGAGAAAGAAGAAGCCUGCUAUGUCAGUUGACGACGCCCUGAAUACGAUCACUUCACCACUGACCCCAAUCACUAGACGAAUCCUCAAGUGGUUGGUUCCAAUAGGACAAAUCAACGUUUCACAGAGGGAAGCGACCAAGAACUGCGUAGUGUUGCAGAUGGACAAAAUGCGGCAGGGUUACACGAGAUUGGCUCAACUUAUGGUAUCACAGACGAGAAUUCCUGACGCUGAUCUGAUCUUCUUCUUCACGCACGAUGAACUCGGAGAGCUGCUGCGAACACGCUCCGCGAAACUCGUCCGCAAGGCGCAGCGCCGCCGCAAGAUGUUCCCCGCGUUAAGAGCAAUAAAAUUUCCCGAAUUCCAGCUUCGGCUAUUCCAACGCCAAUCUAAGACAUCGCAGAAGAAGAGACGCACGAUAAUGUAUCGUACAGGUUGCAAGGAGCCGUAG